UGAUCUUCAAUGAUCGCUUAUUUCCAAGAGAUGCAUUUUAUUUUUUUCAAACUUCGAAUUUUGAUAUAUGUUUAACUUAUUCAUUUAGAAUACAUUAUUUUCACUAUAAAUAUUGACUUUGAUCCAAUUAUCAUCUGAAAAAUACGAGUUCGCGAUUUCUUCAAAGAUCAAGCGAGCCUUUUUACCUGUUUACUUAUGGAUAUCUAAUUUAAGGUAGCACUGAUGUGAAGUUGUCGUGGCCGAGUGGUUAAGGCGAUGGACUAGAAAUCUUUUGGGAUCUUCCCGCGCAGAACUGACUGACUGUUAAUGAUAAUGAAUGGGUGUGUGAUUCCACACACACCCAUUGCGGUUGACUUUUGGAAGGUUAGAGAUGGUCCUCAGACGAUCCAUUUCCUCACACAUCUCCAUGGAGACCAUAUCUCAGGUCUGACUUCAUCAUGGGACCGUCCCAUUUACUGCUCACAAGUGACCAAGGAAUUGCUUGUGAAGAAACACGCUGUAAAGUCAGAACUAAUACAUGCCUUACAGAUAGGAUGUGCAGAGAUAGUUUUCCUGGACCAUGUGCAGCAGCAGCACAUGGUGGUUACUGCCCUGGAUGCCAACCAUUGCCCAGGGGCUGUGAUGUUCCUAAUGGAGGGCUACUUCGGCACCAUUCUCCAUACCGGAGACUUCCGGUUCAAGCCGGAAAUGCUGACUGAGCCUACCCUUGCAAAUCUGCCCGGAAAUGUUGAUGUGUUGUACGUGGACAACACAUACUGUUCACCUCGUUGCAAGUUCCCAACGAGAGAACAAACAACAACAGAUAUCAUCAAAGUCAUCAAGUCGCAUCCAACACAUGAUAUACUUAUAGCCAUGAGGAACUUGGGCAAGGAAGACCUAUUGGUGAAGAUUGCCAAGUUUUUUCAGGAAUAUAUAUAUGUCCCUCACAAGUUUUACGAGACAUUGGAGAUACUUGGGGCCCCAGAUGUGUUCAAUUGUGAAAAUACAGACCUUAGAAUCCAAAUUGUCCCAUUCCAUACCAUCUCCAGAAGUUUUGUGGAGAAAGUGAAUAAGACAAGACCAACUAUAGUUAUUAUGCCGACUGCAUUGUACGUUGGAAUAGAUGCUAGACCCUAUGAAUAUGUGGACAAUGUCUACAUCGUGCCGUAUUCUGAUCACAGCUCUUAUUCAGAGCUGCGUGAGUUUGUGGCCUUUUUACGACCAGGAAAGAUUAUUCCGAUUGUGAAAGCCACCAGUCGUGGUCCAUUUGGGAUGAGUGUUGCCGACAGGGCUGAUAUGUUAAGAUUCAGUGACCUCACAGGCGAGAAAUGGAAUGAGUCUGUGAAAGUUCCGCUGUCUGUUCAGGCAUUUAUGGAUAGUAGGAACAUCACAACAUCUCUGGGCAACAAGAGGCUCUCCAGAAAACGACAAAAACAGAGCAAGGGCCAUGUGGACUCCAAAAAGAUAAGAGGUGUUAUCUAUGAAUCUAUAAAUGAGGAAAGAGAAGAAAAUAAUACAGACUGUAGUGGAUCAGCAAACCAAGAGGUUCAAGAUAGUCAGAAGGAUAUUGUCCCAAAAGUAGCUGAAUCAUGCAUGAACAUUCCAGGCAAGAAAGUUAGUCUACUUGCACCAUCCAAUAAAACAGAAGAUCGAAAUAAAGGCAGUUCAAAGAAAGUGGCAUCUGACUUGAUCACAAAGCAACCCAAAUCUGCUGACUGUCUAAUAGGGUCUUCACAAGGUUUCGAAAUCAUGAAUGAAUCUAUCGGUUUUGAAAAAAAUGAAGCAGUCACACCAAAUGAAACUUUGGGAGGAACACAGCAAAAUUCAAAAGAAAGUGUACAAAGUAAUCAAAAAGGUAUAUUCCGUAAAACCGCUUUAGCUGUAUUUAACACAAAUAUGGAGAGUCAAGAAAACCAAACACCCAUAGAAUCAUCUAAUGCAAAAGGAACAACUGACUUUGAUCAAGUUAAAGCAAAGGCUAAGGCUAAGAAAAAAGCUGCUGAAAUCAGGAAAAAAGAACAAAUCAUUCAGUGGAUAUUUGAUACAGAGAGUUCAGUGGAUACUCCAGGUAUUGAUGCUCCGGUACAUAUUCUGAAUUCUGAAGGGCCAAGUAUCAAGAUCUUGCACCAGGCAAAUGGAGACUGUGAAAGCAAUUUGAAAGUUCGAGAUUCGGACCACCCAAGGUCAGCUGUCAAGAAGACAGACACUGGUGUUGCUGCAUUGGAAAUGAGAAAUCUCACAGCAAAAUAUAUAUGCAAUAUUGUUUCAAGUAGGAAACAGAAAACCAUUAAGCAGCUGGACGUAUCCAAUGAUUUCCCAGACCACUCCUGUAAGUCUUCUGAUAAAAAUUCUAAUGACUGUGAGAGUCAAGAAUCUGAGAAUAUCUUAAGUGUGACACCUGCCUCAGGCAAAUCAGUAAAGAAAUCAAAGGUGACAAAAUAUUCCUGCGCACAAAACUUGAUAACAAAAUGCAAUAGAACUGAGUCAGAUGUUAACAGUUCAAGUACACCUACCAAAGUUAUUGAACAAAGAGACAACCAGGAGCAAGAGACCAGAUCUAUACACGUUGAGACUCCUAAUGUUCUGCAAACUGCUGUCGGGGCCAGAAGGAAAAAAAUGAAAAAGAGCAAAAAGACAGAGAAAAAAGCAAAGGAUUUAUGCAAUCGAAUUGAGGCAGAGUCUGAAAAUGUAACUGUUAAUACACAUACAAUAACAUCGUCUAGUCAUGUGAAAGUUAGGGAAACUGAGCCUCAUUCUUACAGCAGUGGGGAAAAUUUUGAAGCAGCAAACAGUAGUGGUGUUAAUCCUGAAGCAGCAAACAGAAGUGGUGUAAAUCCUAAAGCAGCAAACAGCAGUGGUGUAAAUCAUGAAGCAGCAAACAGCAGUGAUGUAAAUCAUGAAGCAGUUAAUGACACAGAAGAGGGCAAGGAAACUGGCAAUGAUUUUGAUGUCAAUAAAAGUGGGAAAGGAAAAUGCAAUGUGGCAAAAUCAGUUUCUACAGUUACUAAGAUCAAAUCUGUUGAUAAUGUAAACAGUGUUGAAUUCAAAAACGCUUGUAAGAAGACUAUUGAAAGGUAUAAAUGCCCAGAAAUUAAAAAGUUCAUACUAUAAGGCAGUUUAAUCAAAGGAGUGAUGUUAACAUUAGUCAUUGUCGUCGUUGUGAGGCAAAGGCCAUAUUAAAUGUCAUGCAAGAUAAAGGACUUGUCUAAGUGAAUGUUCUGUUGCCUUGCUCAUUACAAUUUUAGAAGGAAUACGUGUAUAAUAAGUUGAUCAUGAUUUAUUGACAGUUACUUGUAAUAUAUGUCAGACAAGAAAUUUCUGCCAAAAAGUUAAUAAGUGAUAACAGUGUUUGAGGCAUAUUAUGGGAACAACUGGUGGCAGAGGGCAGAUGUCCAAUCACAUUCAGAAUAUGGUCUGCUCAAUAACUCAAAUAGUUUGAGUCAUCAAAGACAUCAUCAAACUUGGUGAUAAUGAUUGCCAGUGCCUCAACAAACUUUGAUAACCAGCCAGAUCACUAUGAGCAGUUGAAUUAUGUGCCUUGAAUUAUAAAAACUUGUCAAAUCAUGAUAAAUGCUGAUAAUGUUUGUGGGCAUCAUAUCUCAACACAAUAACAUAGUAAGUGGUCAACUAUUCGGCACAAAGCAGCUUUUUGGUUUGCAAUAUCAUUUUGUUCACAUGUUGAGACAGUGUCAAGUGAAACCCCUAUAUCUGUGGCUCAAAUGUCAAGGUCACUGAAGAGUCCAAUAUGGGCAUUAGACAGCUUGUCUUGAUCAUCCAGUGUAAAUAUGACCCUUUACCACUUAGAUGUGUAUUUUCAAAAUUGUGUAGUCCCUUAGAAAGUUAUACAUGUAUUUAAAUUAAGACCUUUUUUACUAGAUUCAAGCUUUUAAGGCUUCAUCUCCAAACCUAAGAUACUGAUGAGCAGCAAACAGCAUACAACCUCAACAAACUACGAGUGACUCGCAGGCUGGUCUGUUUUUUUGCUGUUUGCACAUAGCCAUUUUCACUUUGCUUCUAAGUGGGAAAGGGAGGACAUGCCCCAAAUUUUUGCUGUGUGCAGACAGUGUGUUGUAUGCAAGACGUAUGUCCCUAGCUCAAAUGUCAAGGUCACACUUUGUUGUCAGAGGUCAAUUCGGACGACUUGCUGCCUCUCUGUCCUGUAACAUUAAUUCUUUUAAUUUUAGCAUUUUGCUUUUGUUGCAUCAUCUAUGCAAGGCUUGUGCCUUAUCUCAAAAGCUGACUUAACCCAUUAAUGCCCAGUGAACUCUCCCAUCCUUCUAAGUUGGAUCAAUUUAUUUCCAAAAUUAGGGAUGUCUAGUAUAUUUAUUUCUAUAUUUAGAACAAUUCUUACAGAAAUUCCUUUAAGCAAACAGCGUAGACCCAGAUGAGACGCCGCAUCAUGCGGCAUCUCAUCUGGUUUUACGCUGUUUGCAAUGUCCUUUUUUCAGGACGCUAGGCAUGAAUGGGUUAACACUUAAAGGUCUGUAAGUUCAUCAUGCAAAUGUAAAUUCAAAAUAAGAUGUCUGUCAUGUCCAGCAGCUUGAGAUGCCCUUGACAUGUUGAUGUACUCAACGUUGUAGUUCACACUGCAAUUUGCAUAUAAUAACAUUGUUUAUUAUGAAAAAGAAAAAAAAAAGAAAAAAAUAUUGUUUUUGGCGUUGUUGACAACAGACUGGACAAUUUUCCAGUAUGCAUUUACUUAGAAUUUAAGAAAUGUUUGAAAAUAUGUUUAAAUGAAUACAGGUUUAAAUUCUUUAAUUAAAACAACAAAACCUUUUAUGACUGAUAUGUAUUGUAUAUAUUUUAUUUGAGUUCUGUCGCCUUUGAUUUUGACACCUGUACUUCCAAUCAGGACUGAUAUUAUUCACUUUUACUACCGAACAUACCCAACAGUUGAUAUUUUGAAAUGUUUGAAUGUUUAAAUUUAUUUGCUGUUUAUAAAUGUAUAUUAAUAUGA